AGGCGCUGUGAUCGGUCAAUGUGAUCUUUGGAUGGGGUCUGCAUACGUAGAAUUUUCCUGGUGGAGUCGAUGCAGAAUGUGAUGGAUCUUGCCUUGCGCUUUUUCUGGGUGAUAGAUAAAAGGAGGUCUCCUGGGGGUUUGGUUCAUGCAUUCAUUCACGUCUUUCUUUUUCUCCUUCCCUCCUGCUCGUUUCCUUCUGGUAAUCUCGCAAAAUGCAUUCCCUAACACCAAUAAUCACUCUCACUCUCACCCUCCUCUCUGGCGCCAGCGCCACAAAUACCACCGCCAUGGACCACGCCUACGCGGCCGCUACCACGCUGCAAACCUACUACAAUCCCACGACUGGCAUCUGGAACACCUGCGGCUGGUGGAACGGCGCCAACUGCCUGACCACAAUGGCGGACCUCUCGCUGAAGAACGAGACCAUCAACGAGACCGCCGUCGGCGUGUUCGAGAACACCUUCCGCGUGGCAACCAACACGAACCCGUACCCGGCACGCGGGAUCGACGCUGACUACACCGCCGCCAACGGCACCGCCUACACGAUCCCCGGCCAGCCGACAGGCGCGGCCAACGCCUCGUUGUGGCUGGACGGGAGUUAUGAUGAUGAUAUGUGGUGGGGGCUGGCCUGGGUGGCGGCCUACGACGUCACGGGCGUGAGUGAUUAUUUGGAUUUGGCCGAGGGGGUGUUUUAUCAUCUUAGCCGCGCAUGGCCCUCCCUCUGCGGCAACGGCGGCAUCGACUCCGACUACACCCACGUCUACGUCGGCGCCAUCCCCAACGAGCUGUUCCUGGCGCUCGGGGCGCAGCUGGCCAACCGCGCCGCCGACAGCGAGUAUUACCUCGACUGGGCGAAGCGACAGUGGGCGUGGUUCGAGGCCUCCGGGCUGAUCAACGACGACCACACGAUCAACGACGGGCUGACCACCGCCUGCACGAACAACGGCAUGACCGUGUGGUCGUACAACCAGGGCGUCAUCCUCGGGGCGCUGGUCGAGCUGCACCGCGCCGCGGGCAGUCCGGCGAACUCCACCUACCUGGAAGCGGCUGGCAAGAUCGCGCAGGGGGCGAUUGCGGCGCUGACAGACGCGGAGGGGGUCGUGCAUGAGUCGUGCGAGCCGGACGCGUGCGACAGCAACGAGACGCAGUUCAAGGGGAUUUUCGUGCGCAAUCUGAAGUGGUUGCAGGGGGUCGCGCCGAACGAGACCUACGCCCGCGUGAUCAAUGCGUCGGCGGCGAGUCUGUGGGCGAAUGAUCGCACCGAUGCCAAUGGGUUCGGGGUCGACUGGUCGGGCCCGGUCACGGCUGCGGGCGUGAAUGCGUCGACGCAGAGUUCGGCGCUGGAUGCGCUGGUCGCUGCUAUUUGGUAGAUGCAUAGAAUAGUACUAUAG